UCCUCCUUCUAACCUCCCGAAAACUGGACAUACAAAUACCUCAUCUGCCCCGACCCACAUCCUGACGCCAUUAUGCCCAUCAUCAGCAAUGCCAACCACGAUUUCAGCACAUACUCUAUCAGCAGCGAUGACAGCAGCCUCGAUCGCUUCUUCACGGAGAUCCCGGAGACUGAGACCAUCAAGGGCGUUUACUUCCAGCGCGCCCAGCUGCUUCGGGACCGCAAGGCCUCGUAUGUGGUCGACCACACCCUACAGGUUCUCAUCAAUGUGGGGGGCAACCGCUACACCUUCCCCUGGAGUACCUUGGAGCAGUUCCCCCAGAGUCGCCUGGGACGUCUGCGCUUCUGCACCACCCCCGAGGAGAUCGCACGGCUCUGCGACGACUAUGACGAGACGUGCCAGGAGUACUUCUUCGACCGCAACCCGACAGCCUUCAGGGUCAUCCUCAACUUCCUCGCCGCAGGGAAAUUGCGUCUGCUUCGGGAGCUUUGUGCCGUGUCGCUGCAUGAUGAGCUUGACUACUGGGGCGUAGACCCGGGCCACAUGGAGCGUUGUUGCCGCCGCCGUAUGAUCACCCGUGUGGAGGAAGUGGCUGAGCGAGAGCGCAAGGAAGAGGAGUGGAGGCAGAAGAGGGUGAUGAUGAAGAAAAGCAACACGGAGGAUGAGAAGGGUUAUCGCAGACUGACCUGGAUGCUGCGAGAAGUGGUGGAAAACCCUCAGUCAGGGGUGGCCGGGAAGAUGUUCGCCUGCCUCUCAGUCGUCAUGGUGCUGGUAACCGUCAUCAGCCUGUGCAUCAGCACCAUGCCAGACCUCAGAGACGAAGACACCAGGGUGCGUAUAAAGCCUCCGAGAAGCUGA